AUGCAAUUAAUAAAUAAAAGAUUAAAUUCCCGAUUUUUAUUAUUUUUUGUGUCGAAUGCCUUUAUUUUUAUAUUUUUGCCUUCAAUAAAUGCACAAUUCCUCAAUUCUCAAUUUUCUGAUUCUUCCUCUUCCACCCUCAAAGUUGACCCUUUAAGGAAGGUUUUCGGAAUUUGGGGAAGGUUAUUGAAUCGAAUGGCUCAACCAAGCCCUCCUACAGACGAUGAACUUCAUUUAAAGGGUUUGCAAGAAGGAACAGAAGAAAAUGACAAUUUUAUUGAAGAGUCUGACUGGACUAGACGUAUAGCAGGUGCUGGGGAUGGAAGCAGGAAAGUGCCGGCUACCGGGGCUAAUCGAAUAAUUGAUGAAGCUAAGCUUAACCAGCUUCUUCCUAGACUAAAUUCUCAAAGUCCAACAACUACAAUUUCAACAAAAACAGUUUCUACAACCUCCAUAACCUCAAAAAAUGAUAGUAGAGCAAUUGAGGAAGGAAUCACAGUCAAUCCAAAAAAUGAAACAAAAAUUGUAGCGGAAUUAGAAUUAAAUAAUAAAAAUGAAUUAAUUAAUUCAACAAUUCUGAUUCCAAAAUCAGAAGAGUUUAGAAAAAAGAAAACAAAGAAAAACAAAAGAAAAAGGCCUACAACAAUUAAUAUACCCUUACUAAAACAAGCUGAAGGAGUGAAUUCAGAGGGUGAGUAA